AGAAGCAGUUGCAGAAGCAUCUGUUGGGAAUAAACCCAAAUCCAGUAUUAAAAAAUAAGGUCCGUUAGUGCUAAAUCCUCGCAGUAUAUAUGAUGCAGUUGAAAAAUCAUAAAUCAAUGUAGGGCAAGCUGUGUUUUGAUGGGAAUUGUUCUGAUUUAAAAAAGAAAAGUGAGGGAGGCCCACUUCAAUACCUAAACUAUUCUCCUCUUAAUUUUCAAGCAAAGCAGGACAAGCUGUGUUUUUGGGGAUUUUGAUGGUUGUCUGAUAAGGAUUAAGUAGGCAGUCUACUUCUGUACUUGUAGAUGGACCCACAUCAUCACAUUUUUUGGGUUGGUUGUAGACAGCCCUCACCCACCACUGCAGUCCAGGCCACCCAUUUGCUCCUACAGCCAUUAUGAAAACUUAUUCUUCUUCUGUAGUAGUACAAAGUGAACAUUCAUCCAUAUCUGCUAAAGAAGAGUAGGUAAAUGUAGAACGUAAGUUAAGUGGAAGCAGUUGAACCCUUCCCUCAGAAGGCUCCUGUUGACUAGAAUCCAAAUAAAAUCCAAUUAAAAAUAAGAAGCAAUCCCAACAUCUGUGGCCAGUCAGAGAUAAAAUCCUUGCAGCGAAUCUCCUGGUUGGCAUUGGCCAAUGAACCCCUGCAAUCACCAUUCUUGUUGGUUCAGUGGGCCUGGAUUGGUCAUGGAUGCCUUACAUUUAUUCUUAAAACCUAAUUCACUUCCUAAUCAGAAUGAUUCAUCAUCUCUGGUAAUCCAGACCUAAAAUCAUGAUAGUUUGCAGUACUAGUUUGCAGAGCUAUAUGCCAUUUUAUGUAUUAUGUUUUGACUCUGCAUUAAGGUCUGCAGAGUGAUGUUGUCCUAUGAAAUUUCUUUUAGGAGGAAUAAUUCUGUAAUGCUGAGGAGACCCAUUAUCAUGUAGAGAUUUGGAAACAGAAAAGGAAAAUCUUGGACUUUCUGAGUAUAGCAGGAGCUGAGGGGGGUUUUGCUUGUAGGAAGCCAGUGCAGAUAUUCUACCUUUAAGGUCUUUCUGUACAGAGGCUUGAAUUUUUCUUUCAUAUAUGAUUAGAUCCGGUGUAAAAUGAGAACAUUUUUGUUGUCUUUAUAUUGAGAAAUAUGAAAAACUGUACUUGAACUGCGAGCUUUGGUCCCCUGCCUAGUUCUCUGUAUGUUAAAACCAUGUGUACUAUGAGUUUUGCAUAACCCAUAUAAAGCAGUCGGCCUUGAUUCAUUAUUAGGCUUUUUUCUCUUAUCAAGCUCAAUACAUCUAAUGUUUUUCUUCUUGAUAUCUUGCCUCUCCUUUCUCUUGGUGUUCCAAUCUCUAAUCCUACAUCCCUUAGUACUGUGGGUACAGGGCUGGGCCAAGAAUGAGAUGAAUGUUUUCUCGGGCUGGUUUGGGGCAGGACUGUCACAGGCACUUAUGGAUUUGAUCCGAAAGAGAAGCUUGGUAAAACUCUGUGCUGAAAUGUGUUUGAAGAGGAAAUGUCUUCAAAGAGUGGAAAAUAUAGAUGAAGAUGAAGAAAAAUAUUCUAUUUUAGAUCUACCAGAAUUAGUGCUGGAGGGAAUAUUGGGGAGGCUUUCCCCUUCCAACCUAUGCAAUAUGACAGGGGUCUGCAAAGAUCUGAGGGAUAGGUGUAGAAAUAAUUAUCUGUGGGAACCUCAUUUGAAAGCCAAAUGGGGCAAGGUGGUUGGUCUUGCAGCUCACAGGGAAUGGCAAUGGACUGUGGCAAUGAAUAAGGAGAUGGGAAUGCCUGAUAGUGGCAAGCCUAAGGGCUGGUUAGGUGCCUUGACUUGCAUUUGGCCUCUUUCAUUGCUGAAAAUCAAUCCCCAGAUUAACAGUACACGUAAAAGAGGCCCUCCCUCUGAUUCACUCAUGGCAUGGUACAUGGCACUUGAAAGUGGAAAGUUCUGGUUUCCAGCCCAGGUGUAUAAUCGUGAGCAUGGACAUGUUGGAUUUAUGCUAUCAUGCUAUGAUGCAGAGCUUAGCUAUGAUUGUACAACAGACACCUUUCAAGCAAGAUACCCACCUCAUGGCCAUAGAACAAUUGUCAUUGAGGAGGGGAUACAGUGGGACAGGCUAAGGGCACCUCCGGUGGAUACAGCUGCUCACGAUCUUCAUAUAUCUGACUGUUUGAAUGACCUGCGUCCAGAUGAUCAUGUUGAAAUACAGUGGAGGAGAAAUAAGGAAUUUCCUUAUGGAUGGUGGUAUGGAGUUGUGGGGCACUCAGAUUCUUGCAAUAAAGACAGUCGCCACUGCCAGUGCCAUUUAGAUGAUACUGUCAUCCUUGAGUUCAAUCAGUAUACGCCUGGAUCACGAUGGAGGCGUGCAGCAAUAAACAGAAAUAAUCAUCGUGAAGAAGGUAACGAGGCUGAAGGGUUUUAUGGAGGGAUUAGGAAGUUACAUUCGAAAGAAGAAAUUUCAACUUGGAAGCAGUUGUGGCCGAAUGAAAUAUUAGAAUGAUUUAGUCAAUCAAUAUCAGCCACAUGCCAAAAAAAAUGAUGACUGGGGUGUUGCCAAGUCUGCCAUCAUUCUUUAAUUUAUUUAGCUGGUGUAUCCAUUGACAAGAGAACUUAAAUGUAAGAUUUCAUUUACAAAUGUAAAUUUCAAAACUUUUCAAAAAGAGAUUCUUCAUCAGCAGAAGCAAAUUCCCAAUCCUGCUUCUAAGAAUCAUUUGAAAGGCUUUCAUUUCUUGAACUGACCUUAAGGGACACAGUUCACUUGUACAGUGACCUUGGAUUGGAAGUGCAACAGUUGAAAACAAUGCACUUUCUUUAAACUGAGGCAAAAAUCCAAAAUUUAAUAUAUCGCUGGAGUAAAUUUAGUGAUCGUUACA